AUGGAGACUGGCAUUUCGAAGGCCCCCGCGCCAGGCGCGCCCCAAGGUCCCUCCCACCCCAGUAUCAGCGCGGAGUCGAGGACUCCAACCUCUCCCAAAGGUGGAGCAGCGCAAGUUCGUGAACCAGGACGCGGUGGUCCAGAUGCAAGACGUUCGAAUCAGAAUGCUACUGCAGGGCGAGGAGCCAGAGGUGGUCGAGGAGGUCGUCAGGGCAAGAAGAGGGAUAUGGGGAGGAAGGAGUGGGCUAAGACAAAAGUAGACAAAAGGCAACGGAACGAGGAUGAGCAAGCUGCCAAACGUCAACGGAUCGACCAAGGCAAGGACGAACUGCCCAUCUACGCGACAAAAUUCAGCGAUGAAGUGCUCGCGGCCGAGGAGAGAAGACCCAAAAAGAAGGUUGCUGUGCUCAUUGGAUAUGCUGGUACCGGUUAUAAGGGGAUGCAGCUAGCGCAUGACCAGAAAACAAUCGAAGGAGACCUCUUCCAAGCCUUUGUCGCGGCGGGUGCCAUCUCCAAGAACAACGCUGACGAUCCCAAGAAAUCUUCCUUUGUGCGAUGCGCUCGGACAGACAAGGGUGUGCACGCCGCUGGCAAUGUGAUAUCCCUGAAAUUGAUCGUCGAAGACGAGGAUAUAGUGCAGAAGAUCAACGACAACCUGACCCCCCAGAUUCGGGUUUGGGGCUACGAACGGACAAAUAACAGUUUCAGUGCCUAUCAAUUGGUUGACUCGCGCAUAUAUGAAUACCUGAUGCCUACACAUAGCUUUCUACCACCACACCCUAGUAGUUUUCUGGGGAGAAACUGCGAGAAGUGGGCGGAGAAAAAGGACGAUGUGGAUGGGUACAGAAAGAGACAAGAAGAAGUAACAGGGUACUGGGAGAAGGUGGACGAAGAGAUGAUCAAGCCGAUUUUGGCGGAAUAUGACGAAGAUAUUCGUGCUAUCCUGGAGAAGGCACUGUGGCUGAAAUUAGAAGGUCCAGAGGAUGACGGGGAUGGUGGUGCACACCAUCCGAGUUCCACGGUUGUGGAGGUUGAACGUGAGAUUUCCAAACCAGAGGCCUCGCAGGAAGCCGGAAACAAAGAUGGAGAAUCGCAAGACAAGGCUCGCGUGGACAGCAAUAACGUGGAGCCCGCCUCCGUGGCAGAAGACUCAACAGAUCAACCCAAAUCAUUCCGAUCGCGCAUCCUCGACGAAGCUAUGAAACGCAUCCGGCAAGCCUAUAUUGCCGCCAAACGGGCCUACCGCAUCCCCCCUGAACGUCUCGACCGAAUCCAAGAGGCGCUCAAUCUGUUCGUCGGCACUCGCAACUAUCACAAUUACACGAUCCAGAAGAGCUUCAAGGACCCUAGCGCGAAGCGAGUGAUCAAAUCCUUCCUUGUCAAUAGGAAGCCUAUCCUGAUCAACGGCACGGAGUGGCUGAGCAUGAAGGUCCACGGGCAGAGUUUCAUGAUGCACCAGAUCCGCAAGAUGGUUGGGAUGGCUGCGCUCGUGGUGCGUUGCGGAUGUGAUCCCAAACGACUGGUGGAAAGCAUGGGUCCUGACAGAUUGUCCAUCCCCAAGGCUCCCAGCCUUGGUCUUCUGCUCGAACGGCCGGUGUUCGAAUCCUACAACAAGCGCGCGAAAGACGCCUUCGGCAAAGAAGCCAUCGACUUUGACAAAUACAAGGAGGAGAUGGACAAGUUCAAGCAAGAACAAAUCUAUGAGCGCAUGUACCGGGAUGAGGAGAAGGACAACGUCUUUGGCAAUUUCUUCAACCACGUCGACAACUUCCCGAGUGAGACUUUCUUGUUUGUGACCUCGGGCGGCAUCGAAGCGACCAGGACAAAGCCGCUGGUUGGGGCGGUUGAGGGAGGGAAGACGAAGAGUGGCGAUGCUCUGUUGGGCAACGAUGUUGAAGUCGGCGUCGAGGACGAGGACAGCGAUGCGGAUGACGCGGUCAAGGAUAACCAUGGUGACGAAGGCUGA